AGGACUAAUGCAUCCAAGCUCUCCGUUUGGUAGGCCUCCGGUUCUUAUUUCUCGAAGCGGUACAUCGAACACAACAAUGACGUCAUCAGCAUCCGCAUUCUCUUCAGUCUCCUCGCCGCUCUUGGCCGCGCGACGUGCAGGCAGUCCAGUUGCCAUAUCUCGUGCUUCGUCGGAAACCCACGGUAAGCGUUCGCCGAGUUCCGGUCCGUCUGCGCUCUAUCCGUGGCUGAAAUCGGAACCGAAAACUCCCGAGUUAGAUUUGGAAAAAAACAGGGACCAUUCCAAACGGGAAUUCCAAACCAAGUCUCCCGCGCGGCCAACUAACUUUAAUAUCCAGACUCUUGCUGGUGACCGCGCAGAAAUUCGUCCAGGUCUGCUUGGAGACUCGAUUCGGACCCACUCCUCCAGGGAACAUCGAGCGUGUGAAGCGAGAUCGUUUCUGGAUAACCCGCUUGUCCCGAGUUUAGGGAGUUUGGAUAAACGGCCUAUAGACUAUCGCCCGAGCGCAGGUUCGAUUGAUCUGAAUCGAAAUUCUCUCUACCCGCGAUUUGAACCAAUGCCCACACUGUAUUCACAUCACGUGACACCUCUUUCGCAACAUAUAGCAGGCUACCCUUAUCCCGGUUCAUCCUUUCUUGCGGACUAUCACUCGGCACCCGUGCACCCUAUGGUCCUAGGAACCCGGGACUCUAUGACGUCAUUGGUUCGGACACCCGAUACGCCUUUCUACAUCAGACAUGAUUUAGAUGAUCGUUUCGGUGGGAGACACUGAUCUCAAAGUAAGAAAAUAAGUUUGUAGUGUAUAGUUUGUCUGAUUUAAAUUAAUGUUAAUUUGAAAAAUUAGUUGAGAUUGUGUUAAUUGUGUUAAAAUAUUGUAGUGUAGAGAAUUUGUGUAAAGAGAUUUAUAGCGCAUAUAUAAUUAUGGGAAAGUUUCAGAAUGUUGCAAGCAUUGACAUAUGUAUAUCUGGACAGCUUGCUGUGAUACUUUUGACUGAAGGCUUGCGUGGCAAAUUGAAGCUGACGAAUAUGAGAGUAACUGCUAAUGGGAAACAGCGCUGACUUAGGAAAAACACUGAAGUAAAACAGUACUGCUGGCACAUAGCAAAAUAUUUUCCGUGCAAAAUUUGGACUUUUGGCAAAACUGUUUGAAAAUUUCAAAAUGUAUUUUCAAAACAAAAUGUAUUCGGUAAAAAAACAAUAUGUGAUAUAAAUUUAAUCCUUUCGUUUUUGUAAAAGUAUAAAAUAUGUACAUAUUUGAUAUAUAAUCCAUGAGCAAUCACUCUCAUAUUUCCGCCAUCUUGUGACCACGCUUUUUCAGGCCGAGCAAGCAGUUCAUAUAUUAUAUAUAUAUUAUAUAUAAGGUUGCGAGAGACUUAAUCUGCGUGUGUUCCUAUUGCCACCCACCAAAUGCUUACAUUGUCAGAACAGUGGUAGCUAGGCAUGUGCGUUGUGCCGAGUGCCGAUGAAAUAUGUGUUAGGGGCCGACCAUUAGAAAAGUGAUUGGGGGAUUUUCAGCUUGCACGAAUGUUCAGUUUUGACCAUCUGCUUGUGCUGGAAUAUUUUUUCUGGAUUUUAAUUAAAGGUAUUUUUCUUUUGUUUUCCUUUACGCAAAUUCCUCUCUCCCCCAUCACUUUUCUAAUGGUCCACCCUUUGGACGAUUAGGUCUAUUUGGCCUGAAAUAUUCCUGUGUGGUUUGACUAUGUAUUGUAUAUACGUAUUGUAUAGAGAUAUAUAUUAAACAUGACGUGUAAAUUAGUUAGUAUACUGCAAGAAAAACUAAUAUUUUGAAACCAUUUGGUAAGUUUGCUAGAUUUGCGCAAAUAUUUCCUGUGCUAAUUUGCAUGGAAUGCGAAAAAUUCGCGCGCGAAAGACUGGGCCCGCUUCGCGACAGUUCGCGGGAAUUUUUUGAGCUUUCGCGGGUGAUUCACACAACACUGUUUAAAAAUAUUUGUAGGAAUUUGCUUUUCAAAAGCUUUCGUUUUGCCAGAAAAAUGUCAGAAAAUGGUAUUUUAGAGAAUGGAGCGUCUAAAGGACAUCACCAAGUUUACCGUGUAGCUCUUACUGGAGGUAUAUUUAUUUAAAGUUAGUUAUAAAAGCGAGAAACAAAACCUUGUAUCGGCCUGUCGGGCGUUUGUGUACACUAUACGAACAUCAUGUGGAAGUGUUUAUAAUGUAUUACACAUGUAUAGUAUCUUUUGUUCUACAGUAGUUUAGUCUGUAGGAAUUUUAUUUUAGCUUUUAUAUAAUUUCGGAUUCGUUUUGAAUUCGAAAGGAUGUUUCUGUAUUACUGUAUAUUGAAAAUGAAACUGCUGUGAAAAAUGAUUAAUUAAGGUCAUGAAAUAUUCAUAUAAAUAGUGAGCUUAAGCAAGUGACGUUUUUGACAACACGAACGGCAUGAGUAACGUCAGAAAACUGGGUCAAGGGCUGUGAUUGGUGAAAAACGUCAACUUUACUUCCGAUCGACGUCCGUGUUGUCAAAAACGUCACUUGCUUAAGCUCACUAUUAUGAAUAUUUCAUGACCUUAAUUAAUCAUUUUAGCGUAGAACCAGGGGCCAGUUGUUCAAAGGUGGUUUAGUGCUAACCUAGGGUUAAAAUUUAACCCACUGUUUUAGUUUAUGUUUAUGAUUAUUUCAAAACUUCAGAGAAGUAAACUCCUAUUGAUCACAUUGAGGGGACAAUGGCAGACAUUUGGGGCAACCUCCCCCCAGUAAUUUCUGAAAACCUUUACCAAUAGCUGAAUACUGUCACUGUGUAACAAAGUUGUAUGUGACGAUAAUUGUUCAACCACCUGAGCAUCGGUAGGCUAUAAAUUAACCUAUAUUUGCAUAUACUCGUCAAGGGGAGAGUGCUACCACUUAAGGUCAGGCUACAAAAUUGGUCAUAGUUUAAGAUUUCUAGGGCAUUAUGCUACCAAGAACAAUGGCUGCUUGUCAUACGGGUACAUACAUGAAAUAUAUUUUCAGGUCCUUGUGCUGGAAAGACUACAUCUCAAGCAAGAAUAUGCACAUUUUUUGAAAAUCUAGGAUGGAAGGUAGUUUCUAGUUCUAUGAAGAAAUUAACUAUAGGGCCAUUUAUAUGAGGGAAAACAAGCUGCUCACAGUUUAAAUAAGUUUCAAACAUAAAUGCACAGUUUUCAAGCCAAUUAAGGAGUGGCUUAAUUAAUCAUUUAAUGUGUAAACAAGUUGUACAUUUAUGUAUGAAUGUUCCGACUAAGUUUGAAAAAUACUAUAUAAAUGCUCUUGUUCAGAACUUAUUUAAGUCGCAGCUUAUUUUCACCAGAAAAAAUGGCCCUACUAAUAUUGGUUUAGAAUAUGGUAUAUUUUUCCAGUCUGUUUUGAGAUGCAUCCGUCUGUAUUCUAUAGGUGUUUCGUGUGCCAGAAGCUGCCACUGUAUUACUUGGGUGAGUUUGAUUUUCAACCACAACAAUCUGUGUGCAAAUACUAUUAGGUGAUGAUUAGUUUGUGAAUGGGCAAGGGACAUCCAGGUUCAUCACCAUGACCAUUCACCACAUCAAUGAAUCACCACCACCAUAAUCUUCACUGUCACCACCAUCAUCACAUAUCACCAGCAUCACAUACCACCACCAUCGCAUACAAAUCACCAACAUUCUUGCCAUCAUCAACACCACUGUACCAUCAUCAUCUGACCAAUGUACCAUCAUCAUCACUACCAUCAUCACAUAUCAUCACCACCAUCAUUACCACCAUGACUAUUACCACUAAUGCCACCAUUGCUCAUAUAUCAUCACCAUCACCACCAACUUCACCAUCAUUACCACCAUCAUCUAUCAUCACCACCACCAACUUCACCAUCAUUACCACCAUCAUCUAUCAUCACCACCACCACCAACUUCACCAUCAUUACCAUCACCACCACCAUCAUCACCAUCAUCACCCCCACCAUCAUCACCAACAUUACCACCACUAUAAUUAUCUUCACCAUCAUCACCACCACCAUCAUCACCAACUACUACUCCCAUUACUGCCACCAUCAUCACUAGCAUGUCAUAACCAUUAUAAUACCCACCACCAUCUCCCCAUUUCUGUCACCACCACCACUAUCAUCACCAAUCAUGAUCACCACCAACUAUGGUCAUCACCAUCACUGCCACCAUCACCAUGACACCACCACCACGAUCAUCAUCACCAUCACUGCCACCAUCAUCACCACCAAUCAUUGUCACCACCAUCACCAAUCAUUGUCACCACCAUCAUCGCCAACUACGGUCAUCAUCACCAACUUACCAAAAUCACCGUCAUUGGCACCAUUAUUACUACCAUGUCAUAACCAUCAUAAUCACCAUCAUCACCGUCUCCAUUACACCACCUCUUUCAUCACCUUAUCAUCACUCAAAAUAUCAUUCUAUUUCUAGCGGUGGAGUAAAGUUCAAAGAUUUAUCUCCUGAACAAAGUAAGCAUGAAAACCUUUCCUAAUUCACUGUAAAAUACAGAAAUUUGUGAAUAUAAGCAAUGUGUGGAAUCAAAAAUAUAUGCCACUCAAUCCAGGGGUUUUUUUUGUGAACAAGACCUAACUUUGGUCGUAUUUUUAGGCUUUAGAUUUCAAGAGAAUUUACUGAAAACCAUUAUCCAACUGGAAAAUACAUUCUUCGAUCUGGCGGAAGCUUGCAAUCAAAAUUGUUUGGUCAUUUGUGAUCGUGGAGUUAUGGACGCUUCUGCAUGUAAUGUCUUCUCAAAACUUAGAAAAUUGCACCAAGAGAGAUAUAGUAUAUUAUAUUUUUCUCUCCUAACUCGUGGUAGCCUAGCCAGGUCACCAUCCUCAGCUACAUUGCUCUGCCAUAUGCCUGUAUAUUUGUGGAGGUAGCUAAUUUAUUGGAGAUCAAAAACAAGAAUGUCCAGUUACAUUUUGCGAUGCUUCGACCAGUAAAUGAAUGAAUGAUUGUUUUAUAUUUACUUUGUAGUUUUAACUAAAGAACAGUGGCAGACAUUACUGAAGAAAAAUGACUGGAAUAAUGUGAAACUACGUGAUGAAAGAUACAAUCAAGUUAUCCAUCUUGUAAGUUUAGAUUGGACACUCCUUAUGAAUACUGUCAUUUCACAGAUCUGAAUGUAAAUUUAUCUUCGCGAAUUCCAGGUAACAGCAGCGAAAGGGGCAGAAGCAUUUUAUCAGUUGGGAAAUAAUAAAACAAGAAGUGAAGGCUUGGCUUUGGCCAGGGAUUUGGAUGAUAAAGCUUGUCAGGUGAGAGCUGUUGCUCAAUAACUUCAAGAAAAAGUUGCUUAACUCCUUCGUGCAACUAAAAAAUAUAGCUACCAAAAACGGAUAAGUACGUGCAGUCGCUUCGCUCCAUCAGCUUUGCUCCAAAGUCUUUGACAAUAACCUCAAGUGGAUUACCAAUGUAUAGCAUAUUGCAGGAAUUGAGCACGGAAUCCCCUGAUAGUGCCCCUCCUGGUAGUGACCUUUGGCAUCUGUAUUCACCUUAGGAUCAGACCUUCGACGCUUGUUAUCUAAAUUCUAUGUAUAUAAGAGAAAGUAUUAUUAAGAUUCUCAGUGAACUGAAAUACUUUUUUCUGUUAAAAUAUAGCAUGACAUCCAGUUUGACAACUUGUAUAGUGCCGCACAGUUACAGUGUCCGAGUGUCCAUUUACUUGAUCAUUUGCAGAACAUUUUCAAUGUUCUCUUGCGGUCCCAGAAAGUAAAAUAUUUGUCCCCCCACUGCCUACACAACCUUACCAAAUAAAAUCACCUGGCAUUAGCACACACAUACGUCUCAUUGCGUUCUUAAAUGAAAACUAUGUCUGUUCUAGGCAUGGGUAGGACAUCCAUAUUUUGAUGUAAUUGGUAACUCCGCUGAUUUCAACGAUAAACUUUCUCGAAUCAUUUCAGUAAGUUCAUCCACACGUGUUGUACAGAGCAUUGGGCUAGUAUUCCAAAGGUUCGAUUCCCACCGUGGCCAGGCAUAUUUUUCAAGCCUGCCCGGUGUGGAUAUACACUCAGAGUAACAUCACAAGCAUCUUAUUCACCUGAGUACAUUACACCAACACAAGAAAAUAUCAUGAGUUACGUAAAAAUCUCACAACUUGUCAAUAAGAUGUGUUCGCAACAGGCUUGUAACAAACUUGUCAACAAGUUGUAACAAUACUGUUAUUUUAUCAAGUUGCUACAAGCUUGUCACUCACAACUUGUUGACAAAUUGUUGAAUUACAGGACGAUAACAAGUUGUUGGAACAAUUUGUAACAAGUCUGUUGAGCUCAACAACCUUGUAGCAAGUUGUCAUCAAGCCGUUGACAACUUAUCAACAAGCUGGGAACAAGCAGUGCGAACACAUCCUGUUGACAAGUUGUUGGAACAGCAUUGCUACAAGUCUGCUGCAGGUUUCUUACAACUCGCACAAGUUGUUACAGGUCUGCAAACAAGUUGUAGUGCCUGGUUUCCAUAUGGUUGUGAUGGUCGUAAAAAUAGAAUCACGAUCUUUCUCAACGGUCAGCUUAUAAUACACACGCAAGAAUAUCAUAUCUUGUAGCAAGUCUGCCAACAAAGCCGUCAACAAGUUGUGUUCGCACUGCUUGUCCCAAGUUGUCAACAAGUAUGGAACAAGCUGUUAACAAUUUUUAACAACUUUGUCGCAAGGUUGUUCCAUUAUCAGACUUGUUGCAAGGUUGUUCCAACAAGUCCGAUACAGUCAUGAUAUAACAAUAUUGUUACAAACUUGUGUCGUCAACCUUGUAACAUUCUUGUUUAUCAUGAUUGUAUCAGACUUGUUAGAACAACCUUGUGACAAGUCUGAUAAUGCCAUCAAGCUUGUUACAAGUUAUUAACAGCUUGUUUCAAACUUGUUGCAACAACUGGGAACAAGCAGUGCGAACACAACUUGUCGACAGCUUGUGAACAGAUUUGUAACAACUUGUUUGCAGGCUUGUAACAACUUGUGCGUUUUUACGUGUGUACCCGACCAAACUGGAAUCAAAUGAUAUCAUUGCCUAUUUGUUUACAAAACUCUGAGCAAGUCUAAACUAUUUUUGCAGGCAGUGUGUGCGAAGGUUGGUAUUGAUAUAAAAGAUCGUUUGGACAAGGACAGCAAGAAACGGAAAUUCCUGGUUUCCAAACCUCCAAACUUUGCGGUAAGAAACAUGGCAACUAAGUUCAGAAAAAAAUAAAUGAUCUCCAAUUUCGUAUGUCGGUGGCACAACUUGCUUGUGAUGUUACUCUGAGUGUAUAUCCACACCGGGCAAGCUUGAAAAAUAUGCCUGACCACGUUGGGAAUCGAACCUACGACCUUUCCACUCGACAAUUUCCAUCUACAAGACCCUUCUAAUGAACGAGAACAAUAUAUCAAAUUCCCAAUAGAUAGCCGUUGGUUACCUCUGCUAUAAAAUUGGAUUAUGUGUGUCAGGGGACUGGAGGGGACCCCCCCCCUCCCCUAGAAGUAGUAGAGCUAUCCAGCAUAACCAAAGUUUAUAACUUUAGGACCUAAAUAAUCAUGUUGUUGUUUUCUUCAGAAAUUUCCUCCACAUCAAGAUUUCGAUGUUCAACAUGACUAUCUAGCCGCUGCUGGCAGUCCUCAAGUACGCAUACGAAAACGUGGUCAAGGUGGUACGUAAUUCUUGUACAUUAAUGACAUAUAAUAGAAUUCCUUGUUCUAAAAUAUCCUUCUUUAUAAAUUCUUGUAAAUUUUACUUUUCAGCUAAUGGCUGCAAUGUAAACUUCAAAGAACUAUCUAUCUAUCUAUAACAUUCUCUUUUCUAUUUUCAAACUUGCGUGAUUUACUAGUAUUACAGUUUUACGCGAGAAUAGAUAACGGUUUUUAUUGUUUUACAUUUUCUGCAUUUUUCCAGGACAUUUUACAUACAGCCAUACAGUACGACUUAUUGUCGAAGAUCAGACAGUUGAACGAAGAAAAAUCAUUUCUUCACGAGAUUACCAGGUAUAUACAGGGCCUUCCCGAGCGACUCGCUUCAGGGGGGCGUGCCACCCCCCCCCCCCAUACCCCCUCUCAAGUUUCGCCCUUGGGUUUAUCCCAACCCAUCCUGUCAACAUUCGCUGCUGGUGGAAACCGGAGUACCUGGACCCACGACUUUCGGUAGGGCGACUUGACGGACUCUUUUCACAAUAAGUGUCGUGUCACGUGUGUCCCCAGCGAGAAUCGAACCCACGAUAUCCAGAGGCAAACUCUUCUCUUUAACAUCUAUUCAUUGUCAGGAUAUUUGCUGCGCUGCCUAUGAUACGGCAUCGUUUUGUUCCUGUACAGUAUAUAACUACCGUCUCUUGAUAUCUUCAUUGAAAAUAUUUCUAGAUGUUUUUACGACAACGUGAUCCCACUCGGAGUUCGAUGAUAAAACGACGAACAUGUUUCCUAUGGCAUAAUCAGUAUUUUCAACUCGAUGUCUACUGUCAGCCUUGCAAUGAAAGGUAUCUUAUUAGUGGUGGG